GUCAUUAUAUGAAAAUUCCUCCAAGAAGCAUGUUCACAUCACAAAUAUGGGGUACAUUUGUUGGUAUAAUUGUAAACUAUUGGACGAUGCGUAUUAUAAUUCAGGCUAAAAGACCUUACCUUGAUGGUACAGAAAACGAUCCAUCUGGUCAAUGGGCUGGCCUUCAAUCAUCAGUAUUCAAUACUGCAUCUAUAGUAUGGGGAUUGAUUGGACCGGCAAGGGUUUUAGGG